AUGAAGGUCCUGCUGAUGCUGGCAGUGCUGUUUGCCUGCAGUGUGUUCACAGCUCGUGGGAAGCACCCGCGCGCGUUCACACCGGGACUCGAGGGAAGCACCGUAGGAAAUCUGACCGCCCACGGUUGCUACUCGGGAUGGGGCAGCAGCGGCACGGCGAGGGCUUCAACGGAUCGGUACAGGCAACGCUUCCUGGGAGGGCUAAUGCUGGCCCAGGGAUGGCUAACACUGGCCGCGGGGGAACGCAAGNNGGGCCCUAUCCAGCCCCGCCCAGCACCCCAGGCAGGAAUCCCCACCUGCAGGUCCGGGACCUGGUGCCAGCGAGGUGCCUGCAGAUGCGAGCGGGCAGCCUGGCUCUGUCGGAUGCGCCGCCGGGGGCUGCUCCGGCGUCGCGGCAAGUGCCGGCGACGAGCCGGGCGGUGUUGA